ACACAUUUCUUAUUUCAGUCAAUUCAUUCUUGGUCAGUCUUUUUACCAUGUUCUUCUACAAAGUUCUCCUUGCUCUCGCAAUUCUUUCCAAGUUGGCCUCGGCCACUGAUCAAUUCUGGGUGACUACUGUCAUCACUGAUUUCAAAGUUCGCCAGCAAUGUUCUGACUUUUGGAAUCAAUCUCAGGCAUGUCCUAGUCCAUUGCUAAGAGUUUCCACAGAUAUCAACAGUCCAACUCAGUUUGCUACUCGUGCCUGGGAUAUCAAUGAACUUCUGAACUCGACUGAAAAACCAUCGUUCAUCAGUCAAUGGCAUGGCUCAAUCGAAUCAGUUCGUGUCAGUGCUCAAAUCGAAGGAAGUAAUCCUUUGAAUCCAUUCGGUCUUGUCGCGAAAUGUGACCAGGGAUUUCAUCCAAAAGUGAUCUUCAAUCAAUCAUCUACUGAUGUUAUGAAUCGUCUUUCCACACGUGUCAUUUUUAUCACUUCCCAAUGUUUCACUGCAAAGGUUUUGGUUAAAGUGGAUACAGAAUGCCCAUACUGCCCGCCACCAACUACUAUUGCUCCUGAUACAUUCACCGCCAACAAAUCAUUCAUCUUUUCGACACAACACCUCCUCAUCGCCUGCCUCAUUCUUCUCUGCCUAACCACUUUCUGCAUCAUCGUCUUCUUCAUAACUCUCCGCCGACUCCGAAAACUUCGGAUCUCUGAUCCAUCUCUGAAAUCAGGAAUGUCCCCAAUUCACACCAACGCCACAUUCAUUUCGAUUUCCGAUGAGAAGCCAAUUGUAUCCAAAUACAUCGAUUUCUUCUCUCUGAUGCCUCCGAUGAUCGAAUAUGAUGAAUCUCAUCUCACUGACAGUUUCACUGUUGCUCCAAUGCCACGUCUAGGAUCCCUUGUCUAUGACUUUUUCCGCGCGGAGAGCUCGAAUCAGCUUAAUGUAAGCGUUAGUGACCCAGUUUUUGUGUAAAUUUGUUCAAAAAGUUUGAUAUCUAGAAUUUCGAGAAAAUGUGAUCUCAAGCGAGCCCUUAUUCAUCUAACUUAAUAUUUUGAUUCUUCAAUUGAUAUUUAUUAAUUUUCUUUUGUAUUUUGUGAUCUCUGUCUGGUGAAUUUGAUUCCUGUCUCCUCAACUUAUUGUCCCUGUCAUUUUUUAAAUUAUAAUUUGUUGUAAUGUUUUACUUUAAUUAACAUUUAAUAAACUUUUUUUUACAAUUAA